AAAGCUACGGAGGGGGAGGGGCGAACGAAAUGACUUCCCAGCGCUUGAUGUUUUGAAACUCCGUGUUCAGCACGAUUCAUUCAAAUCAGACGCCCCAGGGGCGGCUCCUCCUACAUUGCCUGUGAUCGAUAGAGAGGCGCUGCUCUGCUGUAGAGCAGCAACCACCACCACCGAGUCAUUGGGACAGGAACCGAUCGGAGUAGGCUGGCAGGCAAAGGCUUGCUGUGAACGCCAAGGAAGUGGUGAAUGGUUCUGCCCGCGGCGAUGAUGAAUGUCAGCCUGCUCUCCGCUCUCUUGUGCUGCUCGGCUGCUACGAUCCUUCUGCUGAAAUGGCGAGGGAGGAGAAAGGGCCAGGGGAAGAGGGAAGGGGCGAAACAGAGGCGAGAACGCGCCCUCGAGCAAAUGGACAAGGCUGUUCGAAGGUUCAAGGGGCAGAAUCCAGGUCACCAGCCAGCACCCAUUUUGUCUUUGACCCUGCCAGAACUCUGUGGGAACCUCAGGGAUGGCUCAGUCUCUCCUGAGAGUGCCUUAUAUACCUACAUGGACAAGGCCUUGCAAGUGACUAGAGAUGUCAACUGCAUCACUGAUUAUUUGGAAGAUAGUGAAGCCCAACUCCUGCACGUGAAAACUCAGGGGAAGAAGGGUUUGCUCUAUGGUGUUCCCAUCAGUAUAAAGGACUCCAUUGACUGCAAGGGCCGCGACUCUACUCUGGGCCUGGUGAAGCGUCUCUGCAAGCCGGCGGCAGCAGAUGCUGUUGUAGUCCAGGUGCUGAAACAGCAAGGAGCAGUUCCAUUUGUGAAAACAAACGUUCCUCAGUCUUUGCUGAACUAUGACUGCAGCAACCUGAUCUUUGGACAGACUGUGCACCCUCUGGAUCAUACCAAAACCCCAGGUGGUUCCUCGGGAGGGGAAGGUGCCCUUAUUAAAAGUGGAGGAUCCAUCCUGGGCAUUGGCACAGAUGUAGGGGGGAGCGUUCGCAUCCCGGCUGCUUUCUGUGGAAUUUGUGGGCUCAAAACGACAGGCAACAGAAUUAGCAAAAAAGGAAUUAUACCCAGCAUUCGUGGGCAGAAAUCAGCUGUUGCAGGUGUAGGACCAAUGGCAAGGGAUGUUGACAGCCUUGCUCUCUGCCUAAGAGCUCUCCUGUGUGAUGAAAUGUACCGAUUGGACCCCACAGUGCCUCCCAUUCCCUUCAAUGAGGAGGUGUACUCCAGCUCCCGGCCCCUCCGGAUAGGCUACUAUGCCACUGAUUCCUUCACAAUGCCAGGUCCUUCCAUGAGACGGGCUGUUAUGGAAACCAAGCAGCUUCUGGAGAAGGCUGGCCACUCGCUGGUACCUUUCAAGCCCUGCCGCAUGGAAUAUUUUAUGUGCAGCAUUACUCCCCGGGGGCUUUUUGCUGAUGGUUGUGCCACCUUCUUAGAAAGCUUCAAAGGGGAGUCUGAGGAUCCCAAACUAAAGGAUUUGCUUUUCAUGGCAAAAUUGCCUAACUGGUUUAGAAGCCUGCUAUCCUGGAUCUUCAAACCAAUAAGUCCUCGUAUCUCAAAAAGUCUGAUAAGCAUGAAAGAGAGGUCUGUGCAAGAGCUUUGGAAAUUUCACAGUGAGACUGAGGAAUACAUCCAGGAAUUCAUUGCGGAAUGGAAGAAACUGGAUCUGGAUGUGAUGCUUUGUCCUGCACUGGGUCCUGCUUGUAAGAUUGGAUUUCCCGGGAGAUUGUCAGUUGGAUCCAGUUAUACCAUCUUGUAUAACUAUUUGGACUUCCCUGCUGGAGUGGUGCCUGUAACGACAGUGACUGAGGAGGAUGAGGAGGAAUUGAAGAGUUACAGAGGGCACUAUAAUGAUAUGUGGGACAAGGUCUUUGUGGAGGCAAUGAAAGAAGCUGUGGGACUCCCCGUGGCUGUUCAAUGUGUGGCUUUGCCAUGGCAGGAUGAGCUGUGCCUCCGGUUUAUGAAGGAAGUGGAGAAGCUGACCCGAGAUAAACAAAGAGAACUUUGAAUGCAAUACUGCAGAAAGCAAGACUGUGGAGGGCUACUAAUGAGCCCGUAAUAAUCCUGGCCUGUUGGUACCUGCUUUGAUUAAAUAACAUAAGUUCU